AUGGACAACUCUGACGGCACACAACACACACCUCCAACUGGAUACCUGCCAAGUAUAAAUGCUGAGAACACUGGUCUUCUGAGCAGUUCAACAACAAGAAUCUAUGAAAACUACAACUCCACUCACAACACUCCUCCUACCUCUGGACAUGAUUUAGGAGAUGAAACCACCCCAAGCUUAUCUAUUAACAAAGAUGGAUCCAUCCCAAGUGUAGAGGUCAUAAUUAGUCAGCGUCCGCUGGCCCUAGUCACUCUGAUGGUGGUGCUGUCUGUCUCCUCUGGUUGCCUCAACUCACUGAUCAUGGACCAGUAUCUAUAUCAGCAUUUUGCAGGAAUUGUUUUUGGCAACACAAGCAUUGAUACCAGUAGGCCUUUUAAAUGUUUGUUCCUAAAACUUUCUUCUUCUUUUCUGCUGUUUUGUUUCUUUGACUCCCUCAGUAUCAACAGCCAAGGCUAUUUUUCUGGAGAGCCCUCACCCUUUAAAGGCAUUAUUUUUUUUUCACUGCUACUCAUCAUGAGCCGGAAGCUGUUGUUGUUGAUCCCAACAAUGGGAUUUCUGGUCAAAUCAGUUCUCGUACCAAUUGUUGUAUACUGGGAUCUUGACAUUACCUGGUUUUACCUUGGCUAUGGCAUUGAUGGGAUUUGCGGAAAUACCUGUGGAAUAUUACUUGGCACAUUUCUAUACACUUCUGAUGUCACACCUCGUGACCAAAAGAGAACCCUAGGUGUCACCAUUGUUGAGUCUGUCAAAGGUGCUGUUGGUUCAGCAGUUUUUGUAGUUACUGGCCAGCUGAUUGAAAACACUGGAUUUUUUAUUCCUGCCUGUGUUGCUGCAGGAAUUCAGUUUCUGGCGGUGCUGCUGGUUUGUGUGUUACCGGACCAAAAACCAGUACUUUCUGAGACAAAACUCCGUGAAAUAAAGUCGCUAAAGGGGGCCCUUCUCCAUAUGUUUGCUCCUUUUCAUAAGCCAAAGAUCAAAAGAGUUAGAUACAUGAUAUGUUUGGCAGCUGCAGCUUUCUUCUUGGCAAUCAUAGUUCGUGUGGGAUUAGAUAAGGUGCAGAAUCUGUAUCUAAUGAACCUGCCUUUCUGUUUUGAUGCUAUCACUCUUGGGUGGUUCCUGUUCGCCAGAGACCUUAUUCAAAAUACAUUUACAUUGCUGGCUGUUAUAUUCUUGUUUCGACAUUUGCCAGGGAUGGUCCUAGUGAUCGCCGGAGCAAUGUCUAUGGUAGCAUACUGUAUGCUGUAUUCCUUUGCUAAGUUUGACUGGGAAAUAUUGUAUUUAGGUAAAUCAAUGUCGGUACAAUGUUUUUCUUACAUUUCACUUCCUUUUCUUGGUCUUGCGCAGAACUUUCCAUUCAGCAUUAUUAGAGGUGAGAGUUCAAGGCUCCUUGGAUCAGAUUACCAAGGGCCUCUUUUUGCCAGUGUGGCUGUGAUAGAAAGUAUUGCCUAUGCGGCAGGAGUCCCGAUUUUUCUGUAUAUUUACAAAGCAACUCUGGGUUACUUCACUGGUUUUGUAUUCCUGGUAGGAGCUGGCAUCAUGCUCGUAGCUUUUGUUAUUAUCAUAUACCACAGACUAUGGCUAGUUCAUGUCAGAAGCAUUCAGUACCACACUGUCACAGUGCCACCUCUUGCAACAGAUGAUAAAUCUGAGUAA